AUGACGUCAAAGGACAAAACAAUUCCAUGCAGAAAGUUUCGGGGUCUUGUUGUAAGGGGAUAUGAAUCCAGCAUUAGGAUAAACCUACCUCCUACGUAUUCCCGGGACUUCAUCCCAAUGGAAAGGUCCCACAUUCCGACCAGAGAAACCGCCAGACGGUGGCCUCACAUGGGAGAGAUUCAGGACAGAAUCCCGCCACUGUUCGACUGCGAGGUUGGUCUAUUGAUCGGCUACAACUGCCCACAGGCGUUAGCACCAAGACGAGCCAUCACAGGUAAGGGAUCCGAACCCUUCGCAAUUCAGACUGAUUUGGGAUGGAGCAUUGUGGGUGGUGUCACCCCGAGAGAGGAUUCAGGAGAUGCCAUAGGUCUGACCUGCCUCACUGUUUCAAGAAAAGUUCCAACAAACCUUCAAAUACCCAUUGGCUUACCCACAGAAGCACAUUUUGUUCUCAGGACAAAUGUCAAAGAAGAAAAAUUGAAGGCCCAAGAAAUAAGAGACAUUUUGGAGUCAGACUUCCAUGAGAAGAAGGAUGAUGGGAAGAAAGUAUCACAAGAAGAUAUUCGAUUCUUAGACAUCCUAAACUCAACGACGCACCAAUCGGAGGAUGGUUACGUUACGAUGCCACUGCCAUUCAAGAAGGACAAGCCAAAUAUUCCUGACAACAAGUCGGUGGCAAAAAUCCGUCUUGAACACCUCCGCAGGAAGUUUAUGAAGGAUUCCAAAUAUUUCAAGGAUUACCAAACAUUCAUGGAAGACAUCAUUUUGAAGGGGGAGGCCGAAAAAGUUCUAAAUAUUCAAGACAAUGACGUUAAGUGGUAUAUCCCACACCAUGGGGUGUACCACCCAAAGAAGCCAGAGAAGAUACGAGUUGUCUUUGACUGUGCAGCAAAAUUCCGUGGCACGAGUCUUAACGAUCAUCUGCUCCAAGGCCCUGACCAAAUGAACACUCUCGUUGGGGUUUUGUGCCGCUUCCGGAAAGGACGCAUCGCUGCCAUGUGCGAUAUUGAGCGGAUGUUUCAUUCCUUCAGAGUUCGCCAAGAGGAUAGAAAUUAUCUCCAUUUCUUAUGGUGGGAAGGAGGAAACCUCAACACAGAACCGUCAGAGUAUAGGAUGAAUGUACACCUAUUUGGUGCUGCAUCAUCACCAGGCUGCGCCAUAUAUGGCCUAAAGUACAUCGCCAAUAUAUACCAAGACAUCCGACUUGAGGCUUCAAAGUUCAUAUCGCAAGAUUUCUAUAUGGACGAUGGCCUGACAAGCUUUGAAGAGACAACAGCUGCCAUCAAAGUAGUUGAUCAGGCAAGAGAGAUCUGCGCCAAGGGUAAGCUCAGGCUGCACAAGUUCACGUCUAACAGCCGGGAAGUGCUGGAUUCCAUCCCUGUUUCGGAACGAGCAAAAGGCCUGAUGAACCUUGACCUAACAUUAGAUCCAUUGCCCAUUGAGCGAGCCCUAGGAAUCCAGUGGAGUGCCGAAUCCGAUGCCUUCCAGUUCAGAAUCACAAUUCAAGAUCAACCCCUUACACGUCGUGGGAUCUUGUCAAUGGUUUCAUCUGUAUUCGACCCCCUGGGAUUUCUGGCGCCACUGAUUCUGCGAGGAAAAAUGAUCCUUCAGCAACUUUGCAGAAACAACACCGACUGGGACCAGCCACUACCCGAUGAAUUAAGACCACAGUGGGAGGACUGGAGGCAGGACCUUCACAACCUCAGCAACCUCAAGAUCCAAAGAUGCUACAAGCCCUCUGAAUUUGGUACGGUCAAAUCUGCUGAGCUACAUCACUUUUCAGACGCAUCCCUCACAGGAUACGGACAGUGCUCAUACUUGAGGCAAGUAGACAUGCAGGGCAAGGUUUACUGCUCCUUGGUGAUGGCGAAAGCUCGUGUAGCCCCACUAAAACCGGUUACAAUACCUAGGUUAGAGCUGCAGGCUGCAGUGGUGUCAGUGAAGAUCUGUGAUCUUCUGAACCAUGAACUGGCCAACUCUGGGCUGAAGAACAUUUUUUGGACAGACUCCAAGGUUGUCCUCGGAUAUAUAAAAAAUGAAGCCCGUAGAUUUCACAUCUUUGUGGCAAAUAGAAUCCAGCGGAUCCAUGAAUCAUCCAGCCCAGACCAAUGGAGGUAUGUGUCGACAAACGAGAAUCCGGCAGAUUUUGCUUCCAGAGGCUUAAAAGCCAAUGAGCUGACGACCUCCAAUUGGUUCCAAGGACCACCAUUUCUGUGGAAAGAAGAGAUCCCUGCUGAAAGUACCAGUCCACUGCUGGUCAAAAGGGUCCAGGUCAUGGCCACUGGAGCGAUAGAGAAAACUGCCCUCCUAGAUAAAUUCACCAAGUACUCUGAUUGGUCUAGACUGCAGUCCGCAGUCUCUGUACUCCUAAAGUGCUGUGCAAGGAAAUCUCAGGAAGCUGAGAUUAAACCCCAACAAGCUCGCGACAGAGCGACAAGAACAAUCAUGCGCAUGGUCCAAAGAGACUCUUUUAGAGAAGACAUUGAAGACAUUGAGCAAGACGGAAGGCUUAAGAAAGGCAGCAAGUUAUCCAACGUGGACCCCUUCUUAGAUAAAGAGGGCCUCCUGCGAGUAGGCGGCAGAAUGAGACGAUCAUCCUGCCCUCAAGAGAUAAAGCAUCCGCUGAUCCUGCCAAAGAAAUGUCAUGUCACACUACUGAUCAUCAGAGAUAGCCAUGACAAGAUAGCACACCAAGGGCGUGGGAUGACAAUGAAUCAGCUCAGAUCACAAGGAAUCUGGAUUAUUGGCUGCAGUGCAGCAGUUUCCUCCUACCUUUUCAAAUGUGUAACUUGCAAACGGAUCAGAGGAACAGCUCAAUCUCAGAAAAUGGCUGAUCUACCAGAAGACAGAAUAGAACCUUCGCCACCAUUCACCCAUUGUGGUGUCGAUUGCUUCGGGCCAUUUCUCGUCAAGGAGCGCACUAAGGAAAUAAAGCGAUAUGGUCUUUUGUGCACAUGUUUAUCAUCACGUGCAGUACAUCUCGAACUCUUGGAUGACAUGACCACCGAUGCUUUCAUCAAUGCUUUGCGCUGCUUGAUAGCCAUCAGAGGGAAGGUCAGCACGAUAAGAUGUGAUCAAGGCACUAACUUUGUUGGCGCAAGCCAUGAGUUGAAGAAGGCCCUGCAGGAAAUUGACAAUGAGAAGGUGAAAUUGAUGCUACGUGAUCAAUGUGAGUUUACCAUGAACCCCCCAGAAGCAAGUCACAUGGGAGGCGUGUGGGAGCGACAGAUACGGACAGUAAGAAAUGUCCUGAAUACUGUGCUAGCAAGAGCACAUUCUCGUAUUGAUACUUCAUCACUGCGUACCUUUUUCUACGAAGUCAUGGCCAUAGUCAAUAGCAGACCGCUUUCUACACUCACUAUUGGAGAUCCAACAGAACCAUGUCCAAUCACACCUAAUCAUCUCCUGACGAUGAAGUCCAGUGUAGUGUUGCCGCCACCUGGCAACUUUCAGCCGGAGGACCUCUAUGCUCGCAAACGAUGGCGAAGAGUUCAAACCCUAGCGAAUGAGUUCUGGACUCGUUGGAAGAACGAAUAUCUGAGAAAUAUACAACAACGCCAAAAGUGGCAGAAAACUCAACGGUCUGUUCAGAUCGGAGACAUCGUCAUUGUCCACGACAGUGACCAACCCCGUUGUCACUGGAGCCUGGCAAUGGUAGACGAGACAACUAAAGACAAGGAUGGCCUGGUCAGAAAGGUAAAGCUUCGCAUCGGAACGACUGAUGUCACAAAGGAUGGCAGACGUCUGGGGAAAGCUAAAUACCUUGAUCGACCAAUUCACAAAUUGACUGUGCUGGUAGAAGCUGCACAGCAAUAG